AUGUCUGCUCCACACGGGCCCCGGGGCGGCCCUGGCCCUGCUGCUGCUGCUUCUGCUGCUGCCUCAGCGGCCGGCGCCAUGCCGGAGAUGCCGGACCUCAGCCACCUCACCGAGGAUGAGAGGAAGAUCAUCCUCGGUGUCAUGGACCGACAGAAGAAGGAGGAAGCGAAGGAACAGUCGAUGUUGAAGAUCAAAGAAGAACCAAAGCCUCAGCCGGCACAGUGGUUUCCCUUUAGUGGGAUCACUGAGCUGGUAAAUAACGUUCUUCAGCCCCAGCAAAAGUCCCAAAAUGACAAGGAGCCAGAGCCAGUCGCGAAGUUGCACCAGCAGUUUGAAUCGUAUAAGGACCAGGUUAAGAAGAUGGGAGAUGAGACUAAGCCGGCUCUGGAUCAGAAGAGCGAAGCCCCAACCUGUGGGAUAUGCCACAAAACCAAGUUUGCCGAUGGCUGUGGCCACCUCUGUUCAUAUUGCCAAACGAAAUUCUGUGCUCGGUGCGGAGGACGGGUGUCUCUGCGGUCAAAUAAGGAGGACAAAGUGGUUAUGUGGGUAUGCAACCUGUGCCGAAAACAACAAGAAAUCCUCACCAAGUCGGGGGCGUGGUUCUACAGCUCGGAAGCCGGUCAAGUGCGGGGUGUGUUUGAGGGCGGGCCACAGGGGAAGAAGGCCAAACUGCAGGACCCGUCCCUGUACCCCUACCAGGGAGCCCCAGGGGACUUGAAACCAGCGUCAGACAGAAGCAGACCACGUGGUGGGCUCCUGCCCAGACAGGGGUCCCUUGACAACGGUGCAGGGCUGAGGUACUCGGGACCAGGUCAUAGGUUAGACUGGAAACGAAGCCCAUCUGCAUCCAGGGAUCCAAACCAAAAAUACGACCAAAGGGAGGGGGGUGACCACUCACAGUAUGCCCCGACAGACGGCGGCAUGCCCAGAUCACCGUCCGACUAUGGGGAUGGGGACCCUCGGCGGGCUCCGCGGGGCCCACACAUGUAUCCAGAUGCGGAUGCGGCACGGACGAGCUACCGGGACCGGCGGGGCCCUGGACGCUGGCACUCCCAGGAAUACCCUCUGGACCAGGAGCUAGAUGGACCGCCCAGUGAGUAUGACCUCCAGCGGCAGCGCCAAGAGGAGUUCCAGACGCGCUACCGCAGUGACCCCAACCUGGCACGCUAUCCUGUUAAGCCACAGCCCUAUGAGGAGCAGAUGAGGAUGCAUGCUGAGGUUGGCCGAAUGAGACAUGAGCGGCGCCACAGUGAUGUCUCCCUGGCUUACACGGAGCAGGACGACCCUGGGCCCAUUCGGCUGUCCCGACAGCAUCUCACCGAGCGCCGGCCGCCUAUGGUGGGACAGCGCUCCUACUCUGUUGACCGGUCUUCCCCAGGGUCCAUGGGUCCUGGCCUUGGGGGUCACAGAACCUCCAACCACAGCCCCCCCACGCCGCACCGAAGCCCUGUGCUGGGUGACCGAUCCGGGGACCUGCGGAGAGGAGACCUGGGUGGGGGUGGGGAUCCAAUGAGGAGGCAGCAACACCAUUUGGACCCCAGUUCAGCUGUCCGCAAAACCAAGAGGGAGAAGAUGGAGAGCAUGUUGAGAAACGACUCUCUCAGCUCGGACCAGUCGGAGUCAGUGCGCCCGCCACCCCCCAAGCCCCAUAAAACCAAAAAGGGAGGGAAGAUGCGGCAGGUGUCACUGAGCAGCUCAGAGGAGGAGCUGGCCACUACACCGGAGUACACCAGCUGUGAGGAUGUGGAGAUAGAGAGUGAGUCAGUCAGUGAGAAAGGGGACAGUCAAAGGGGAAAAAGAAAAACUAUUGAGCAGGCAUUUAUGUCCGAGCCGACACACACCUUAUCUGAGAGGCAAAAGAAAAUGGUGCGCUUUGGGGGACACUCAUUUGAAGAGGACUUGGCAUGGUGUGAACCGCAGGUUAAAGACUCGGGAGUUGAUACGUGCAGUAGCACUACCCUAAACGAGGAGCAUAGCCAUAGUGAGAAGCACCCGGUGACGUGGCAGCCGUCCAAAGAUGGGGAUCGCCUAAUAGGGCGAAUUUUGCUCAACAAGCGAAUGAAAGAUGGAAGUGUGCCUCGAGACUCAGGAGCUCUGCUUGGUCUGAAGGUGGUGGGAGGCAAGAUGACAGAAUCUGGUAGACUUUGUGCUUUCAUCACUAAAGUGAGGAGAGGAAGUCUAGCAGACACUGUAGGACACCUCAGACCAGGUGACCAGGUUCUGGAGUGGAAUGGGAAGCUUUUACAAGGAGCCACAUUUAAAGAAGUUUACAAUAUCAUACUAGAAUCCAAGCCUGAGCCACAGGUGGAGUUGGUGGUCUCACGGCCUAUAGGAGAUAUUCCAAGGAUACCAGACAGCACACAUGCACAACUGGAAUCAAGUUCGAGUUCUUUUGAGUCUCAGAAGAUGGAUCGUCCGUCCAUCUCCGUCACAUCCCCCAUGAGUCCCAGUAUGCUGAGGGACGCCCCACAGUACCUGUCAGGACAGCUUUCAAGCCAAAGCCUUAGUAGAAGAACAACGCCUUUUACCCCUAGGGUCCAGGUCAAACUGUGGUAUGACAAAGUGGGCCAUCAACUUAUCGUCACCAUCCUGGGAGCCAAAGAUCUGCCCCCCAGGGAAGACGGCCGGCCCAGGAACCCUUACGUCAAAAUCUAUUUCCUCCCUGAUAGAAGCGACAAAAGCAAGAGGAGAACAAAAACGGUAAAGAAAUCCUUAGAGCCCAAAUGGAACCAGACCUUUAUGUACUCGCCGGUGCACCGGCGGGAGUUUCGGGAGCGCAUGCUGGAGAUUACACUGUGGGACCAAGCCAGGUUGAGGGAGGAGGAGAGCGAAUUCCUGGGGGAGAUUCUGAUUGAGCUGGAGACGGCUCUCCUGGACGACGAGCCACACUGGUACAAGCUCCAAACACACGACGUAUCCUCCAUCCCCCUCCCACGUGCCUCCCCGAACACGCAGCGCAGGCAGCUCCACGGAGAGAGUCCAACGAGGCGGCUGCAGAACAAAGGCUCAUAUUCACACAACUCAGGAUCCCAGAGGAUAAGUGACAGUGAGAUCUCCGACUACGAUUGUGAAGAUGGUGUUGGGGUAAUAACAGACUACCGGUCGAAUGGCAGAGACUUCCAGAGCUCCACGUUGUCAGUCCCUGAGCAGGUGAUGUCAUCUAACCACUGCUCUCGGUCAGCUGAUAUAAACAGGGCACGGUCACGCUCCCCCAGCGUUCCCCCGCCCUCCAGCAGAAGUCUGGACCCAGCCUUUGACCUUAGGCCCUCUCAGUACAGCUCCACCUCUAGAGUGGAUGACCACAGUGUUUCCGAAGCUAACUACUCACCUGACAGCCGCAACCAUCGUAUGUACCCCAUCUGCAGAGAGGAAGCAGUCAGGUUACUGCGUUCUACUAGGAUGGCCCGCGCCUAUUCUGAGGGUGCCUACUCCUCCGACUAUGACUUUGAGAGGAACCACGGAUCCAUGGAUAGACACGAGUAUCACAGCAGGUCCCGCUCUGCAGACCAGCGGCCCACUAUAGAGCGCCCCACAUCCCGCUCACGCUCCACUGAACGCCCCCACGACUCUUCGCUCAUGAGGUCCAUGCCGUCUCUGCCAUCUGGGAGGUCCGCCCCCCCCUCACCUGCCUUGACGAGGGCGCAUCCUCGUAGUGGAUCGGUCCAGACGAGUCCCAACAGUACCCCGAUGUCCAGCAGACGAGGACGACAACUACCACAGCUUCCACACACAGGGAAGGACAGAAAAGACACGGAAUCACCAAGUUGGACGAACUCAGGUAUGGACAUGGAAGAGAGAACCAGGCAGAUGAAGCUAAAGAUGAACAAGUACAAGCAGGGAGCUGGCUCUGACUCCAGACUUGAGCAGGACUACCACAAGCGUUCAGGCAGAGAUCCACGGGGCUCCGACAACCUGUCGGCCAAGUCAUCGGACAGUGAUGUAAGCGACGUGUCCGCUGUGUCGAGAACUAGUAGCGCCUCUCGGUUCAGCAGCACGAGCUACAUGUCUGUCCAGUCCGAAAGGCCGCAAGGAAAUCGCAAGAUCCGUGACUUUGCAUCCAAAAUGAAAAACAGGCAAAUGGGCUCGACAGGCGGGAUGAACAUCACCAAGAGCACAAGCAUCAGUGGCGACAUGUGCAACCUGGAGAAGACGGACGGCAGCCAGUCGGACACGGCGGUUGGCACGGUAGGCACUGACGACAAGAAGAGGCGCUCCAGCAUUGGUGCCAAAAUGCAGGCCAUGGUUGGCAUGUCACGCAAGAGCCGGAGCACCUCUCAGCUCAGCCAAACAGAAGCAGGAGGUAAGAAGUUGCGCAGCACUAUCCAGAGGAGUACAGAGACGGGCCUGGCGGUGGAGAUGAGGAGCAGAAUGACUCGGCAGGCCAGCCGGGAGUCCACUGACGGCAGCAUGAACAGCUACAGCUCCGAGGGAAAUCUCAUCUUCCCUGGUGUGCGGCUCUCCUCAGAAGCCCAGUUCAGUGACUUCCUUGAUGGUCUGGGUCCCGCCCAGCUGGUUGGACGUCAAACAUUGGCCACUCCACCUAUGGGUGACAUCCAGAUCGGUAUGGUGGAUAAGAAAGGAGCACUGGAGGUGGAGGUCAUCAGAGCCCGUGGCCUUGUGGGAAAACCAGGUUCCAAGUCACUGCCAGCACCGUAUGUAAAGGUCUACCUUUUGGAAAACGGAGUCUGCAUAGCCAAAAAGAAAACAAAAGUAGCAAGAAAAACCUUGGAUCCUCUUUACCAGCAGCCACUGCCGUUUGAGGAGAGUCCAGGAGGGAAGGUUUUACAGGUCAUCGUAUGGGGGGACUAUGGACGUAUGGACCAUAAAUCAUUCAUGGGAGCAGUUCAGAUACUGUUAGAUGAGCUGGACCUGUCCAACAUGGUGAUUGGCUGGUUCAAGCUCUUUCCUCCUUCCUCACUGGUGGACCCUACUCUGGCCCCACUGACAAGAAGAGCUUCCCAAUCCUCACUGGACAGUUUCUCUCGAUCAUAGCAGCGUGUGGACUGAUAGCGUUGUUGUAGCAGCCGGUGUUGCGAUUGCAGGUCACGCCCCCCUAGUUACACUGCAUGCUUGAUGUUGUGUCUUCUGAGCCUGUUUCUAGGGGUGCAAACGUGAUCCUGUGUUUUGAGCAAAAGCGUUGCGCACAUUGUGCACUUGGCGAAGCGUGUUGCAAACGCCUGGUGGCCGGGAUUGCCAGGUGUUGUUGUUAAUGUUUGGAGGAAGCUGGAAUGAACUCCUUAGCACGAGGAAUCUGUCAGUUCCAGGUUUUCAUCCAAUUCGAAGCCAUGGGGGUCAGUACUGGGAACCACUAAAUGAGUUCUACAGAAGCCCUUUUCGAAUGAAAAAUAAAAGUUGUGCUUUGAAUUUUAUUUCUUUCCUUUUUUUUUCUUUUUUUUUUUU